AUGGCCACAGAAUACAAGCUCAAAGACCUCACUUCACUGCACGACAUUCCGCACCUGGAAAAAGUCGAGGCCGAAGUCGAAGGCAUCCCCGACGGGAAAGUGCUCGUGGUCCGAGUCAACGACGCCUUCCAUGCCAUCAGCCCCCGCUGCACCCAUUACGGCGCUCCUCUGAAACUGGGCGUUGUUGCGCCGGAUGGACGCAUAACAUGUCCAUGGCAUGGAGCAUGCUUCACCGUCGCUACGGGCGAAAUCGAAGAUGCGCCGGCGCCUAACCGUCUGCACAGAUUCGAAGUAUACGAGAAAGAAGGCGGCGUGUACAUCAAAGCCGAUGAGAGCGCGAUCAAGGCCGGACAGCGAGAUCCCAAUCUCAAAUGCGUAGCCACUACCCCGGAGAAAGUGGUCGUUGUGGGAGGUGGAAGCGGCUCCUUCGGCCUCGUCCAAACCCUGCGCGAACUCAACUUCCAAGGCAGCAUAACCCUGCUCACUCGUGAACCCAACCUUCCGCUCGACCGCACCAAGCUUUCCAAAGCCCUAAUCCCAGACGCCUCCAAGCUCGAGAUUCGACCAGCAUCAUGGUACGAAAAUGCGGGCAUCGACAUCGUCCACGACGAUGUCACCGCGGUCGAUUUCCCAUCCAAAUCCGUGGCCACGAAAUCCGGAAAGACGUACCCAUACACAAGACUCGUGCUUGCCACGGGCGGAGUGCCGCGCACAUUGCCGCUAGACGGGUUCAAGGAUUUGGGUAAUAUCUUCUUGCUGCGGUUCGUCACAGACGUGCAGAAUAUCCUCUCCGCGCUAGGCGAGGGCGAGGAGGACAAAAAGAAAAAAGUAGUCAUCAUCGGCAGCUCGUUUAUCGGGCUCGAAAUCGGCAACGCAAUCGCCUCCAAGGGCCACGAUGUCAGCAUCGUAGGCAUGGAGAAAGCACCUCUCGAGCGCGUGCUAGGCGAGCAAGUCGGGAAAAUAAUCCAGUCAAACCUUGAGAAAGCAGGCAUCAAGUUCUACCUGAAUGCCAGCGUCGAAAAGGCCACUCCCUCAUCUUCAGAUGCCGCCAAAGUUGGCGCCGUCCACCUCAAAGACGGAGACGGUAGCGUCGUGCUGCCCGCCGACGUCGUCGUCUUGGGAAUCGGCGUGCGCCCAGCCACAGACUUCCUGCAGAACAACCCGCUCAUCAAACUACUCAAGGACGGCUCACUACGCACCAACGAAAACUUCGCCGUCAUCCCCGCCGGCGCUGGAGCCGCUGGCGCCGAGCCCGGCACACUCACGGGGCUAGACGACGUAUACGCCAUCGGCGACAUAGCGACAUACCCGUACCACGGGCCCGGUGCACCAGCAGCAGCCGGCAAGGACGCCGGCGCAGGUAUACCCGUUCGCAUUGAGCAUUGGAACGUCGCGCAGAACGCGGGACGCGGCGUAGCGCAGACCAUCGUCAACACGGUCAACGGCAAGAAAACGCGCCACCACAAAGCGUUUGUGCCUAUCUUUUGGUCCGCGUUGGGCCAGCAGUUGCGUUACUGCGGUAGUACGGUGGCUGGAUGGGAUGCGUUGGUACUCAAGGGCGAGCCGGAGAAGGCCAAGUUCGCCGCGUUUUACUGCAAGGGCGAGACGGUCGUGGCGGUUGCGACGAUGGGGAUGGAUCCGAUUAUGACCAAGUCGGCCGAGUUGAUGAGGAGGGGGAAUAUGCCGUCGAAGAGCGAGGUGGAGGGGGAUGUGGAUUUGUUGAAGAGGGAUGUUAAGAAGGAGGUUGUUAUUUAA